GUGGAGGUGGGUGUGAGUUCACCAGGCGUCGCUGCCAAUGGAAACGGCAGACACGAGGAGCGUCGAGCCAUUGCGCCGCUUCGCCUUCAUGUCAGCUCCACUCACCUGCCAGGUGCGCAACGAAGAUGAUGACCAUGAACGGCAAGCAGCACUUCAACAUGCACCAUGCGCUACAACCGAGCAACGAGAGCAUGCGGCGGAUGUGCCUACCUGCCCCGCAGCUCCAGGGCAAUAUAUUCAGCGGCUUUGAUGAGAGUCUCCUGGCCCGCGCUGAAGCUUUGGCGGCGGCUGACAUCGCGUCUCACGCCAAGAAUCACCCAUUCAAGACGGACGUCACCUACCAUACAAUGAGCAGCGUGCCCUGCUCCUCCUCGUCGCCCACGGUGCCCAUAUCACACCCGUCAAGCAACUUACCCUCGCACCAUCACCAUCACCUGAGCCACCAGACCUUAGAAGGAGAUCUGCUCGACCACAUUUCCUCUAGUUUAUCGGUCAGCGGCAUGGGCGCGCCACCGGACCCGACCGCCCAAGCUCACCAGCACCACCACCUGCAAAUGGGUCACCUGCACCAAGCCAUGGCCAUGGGCCACCCUCACACCAUGUCGGUCCAUAACGGCAUGGCGUGCAUCAGCGACGUUGAAUCCGAUCCCCGCGAACUGGAGGCAUUUGCGGAGAGGUUCAAGCAGCGCAGAAUAAAGCUCGGAGUGACCCAGGCGGACGUGGGUUCGGCCCUCGCGAACCUUAAGAUACCGGGCGUCGGGUCGCUAAGCCAAAGCACCAUCUGCAGGUUUGAGUCCCUGACACUUUCCCACAACAACAUGAUCGCCCUCAAACCCGUCCUUCAAGCCUGGCUGGAGGAGGCUGAAGCGGCAUACCGGGAGAAAAAUGGCAAACCGGAUCCUUUUAACGGCAACGAGAGGAAGCGUAAGCGCACGUCUAUCGCCGCUCCGGAGAAGCGGUCGCUCGAGGCGUAUUUCGCCAUCCAGCCGCGACCGUCGUCGGAGAAAAUCGCGGCCAUCGCGGAGAAGUUGGAUCUGAAAAAGAACGUGGUUCGGGUUUGGUUCUGCAAUCAGCGGCAAAAACAGAAAAGGAUGAAAUAUGCGGCGGUGCACUAGUGUCUUGAUGGCAAAGUUGGA